AGCAACGUGCAAACUUCACAACAGAUAACAGACCUCCGCCGCUGCGUGAUCAUCAUUAUCUGAAGUUAUAAUAAUACAUUUUCCGGACAGAAUUUUCACAACUACAGGCAUCUAUAAUGGCCCAGACCGACAUGGAUUCCGGGGAGGAUGGAGGCGGCGGCGGGGAGCCCGAGGUGAUCGCUAAAGCCAGUGUCUUGGGAGGUUUUACCGAGAGCACUGAGAUUCGCCUGAUCUCCAGCCUACCAGUGGUUCACGAGAACAUCGUGACACUGGAGUUAGCCAUAGAGAGGUUCCUCGUGAUAAUGGACCGUUAUCAGGAGCAGCCCCAUCUCCUGGAUCCACAUCUGGAGUGGAUGUUGAACCUGCUGUUGGAGCUCAUCAGGAGUGAGCAGUCUCCUCCUCUACUGGUACACCUGGGCUUCAAAUUCCUCUACAUCAUCUCCAAGGUGAGAGGGUAUAAGAUCUUCAUGCAGCUCUUCCCCCAUGAGGUGGCUGAUGUCCAGCCAGUCUUGGACCUCCUGUGCCGACAGGACCCCAGAGACCCAGAGACCUGGGAGACCCGCUACAUGUUGCUGCUGUGGCUGUCCAUGACCUGUCUGAUACCCUUUGACCUCUCCCGUCUUGACGGUCACCUGAACUCUGACCCCAGCCAGACCAGAGAACCAAUCAUGGACCGCAUCCUGGCGGUCGCCAAGUCCUACCUGAUGGUCACUGAUAAGUCAAGGGAUGCUGCAUCUGUGUUGGUAUCAAAGUUUGUGACACGUCCUGAUGUGAAGCUGAAGCGACUAGGAGACUUCCUGGACUGGAGUCUGACCACCAUCUCUCAGGCCAGUGACCAGACCAUGGGAGGUACUGUGAUCCUGGACGGGGCCCUGCAGUCUCUGGCCCAGCUAUUCAAGCAUGGCAAGAGAGAUGACUUUCUCCAGUACGCUCCGGUGGUGCUGCAGUGUCUGGACCAGUGUCACGUGGCAGAGAGCAGCCAGGCUAUGCUGAGGAAGCUGGGGGUCAAACUGAUACAGAGACUGGGUCUGACCUUCCUCAAGCCCCGACUGGCCAAGUGGAGGUAUCAGAGAGGGAGUCGCUCCCUGGCAGCCAACCUGUCUCUGGCCCAGUCUGGCUCCACAGUCCAGGCUGUUAGUCCAGACAUGGAGACCCAGAGCCAGGAGGAGGACUACGAUAUCCCAGAGGAGGUGGAGAACGUAAUCGAGCAACUGUUGGGUGGGCUGAAAGACAAGGAGACCAUCGUGCGCUGGUCUGCUGCUAAGGGUAUUGGGAGGGUGACCGGGCGACUCCCCAGGGAGCUGGCUGACGAGGUGGUUGGAUCUGUGUUGGAGUGUUUCAGGUAUCAGCUGGUUCAUUUGCAGCUUUGUCGUGUGAUGUGAUGCUAUUUGUCUGUGCCACUGGGGAUCAUCUCGUCAGACAAUAUACAGAUACAUGUUAAAAGGAAAACUCAGCAAAUAAAGAAACGUCCUCUCACUGGCAAUUGUGUUAAUUUUCAGCAAGCUUAACAUGUGUAGGUAUUUGUAUAAACAAAACAAGACUCAACAACUGAGAGAUCAAGUUCCACAGACAUGUGACUAACAGAAAUGGAAUAAUGUGUCCCUGAACAAAGGGGGCGGGGUCAAAAUCAAAAGUAACAGUCAUCAUCUGGUGUGGCCACCAGCUGCAUUAAGUACUGCAGUGCAUCUCCUCCUCAUGGACUGCACCAUAUUGACCAGUUCUUGCUGUGAAAUGUUACCCCACUCUUCCACCAAGGCACCUGCAAGUUCCCAGACAUUUCUGGGAGGAAUGGCCCUAGCCCUCACCCUCCGAUCCAACAGGUCCCAGACGUGCUCAAUGGGAUUGAGAUCCGGGCUCUUCGCUGGCCAUGGCAGAACACUGACAUUCCUGUCUUGCAGGAAAUCACACACAGAACAAGCAGUAUGGCUGGUGGCAUUGUCAUGCUGGAGGGUCAUGUCAGGAUGAGCCUGCAGGAAGGAUACCACAUGAGGAAGGAGGAGGUCUUCCCUGUAACGCACAGCGUUGAGAUUGCCUGCAAUGACAACAAGCUCAGUCCGAUGAUGCUGUGACACACCGCCCCAGACCAUGACAGGCCCUCCACCUCCAAAUCGAUCCCGCUCCAGAGUACAGGCCUCGGUGUAACGCUCAUUCCUUCAACGAUAAACGUGAAUCUGACCAUCACCACUGGUGAGACAAAACCGCGACUCGUCAGUCAAUAGCACUUUUUG